AUGACUUCCUCUUCGCAAUCUGACCUCAAACCCGCUCCGGUCCUAGAUCCGGACCAGGCAGCCGCUGUUGGUGCAGCACCCGCUGCUUCGGCCGCUAUGCAGCCCGCCGAUCCGGCAAAGCCCGCAGCUGUCGAUCCCGCACAGCUCAAAUCCACCACAGACCAGACACAGGAAGCGGGUCAAUUCGCAGACAAAAACCACGUGUCUUCUGCUGCUGCUGCCCUCGACCAUGAAGCGCAUCUCCACAAGGUCCCCAAAGCCGAAGUAGCGCCUGAACGUAUCACAGAGCUGCCGGGAACGCAGAACGACGUGCCUGCUCCUGCCCAAGGCGAUCCUCACCGUGCCAUCGAGCCCGAGCUCGACGAUUUGGGCUGGAGCGAGGAGCCCAGCGUGCCCAUCCCUGUGCUGCACGGCAUGAAGAACGAAUCGCUGUGGCUGCUCGUGCGUCGCUUUAACAAGCAGACGUACCGCGUCAAGGCGCUUCCCGACGCCAAAGACCGAGAUUUCGACAUGUACAUCAGCAACAAGGAGGAGUUCCAGCCCGACAAGCUCAAAGCCACUUUCGAGCGAGUCUACGUCAAUGUCGUCGUGGGUGUGGUGGCUUUCAUCCAGCACCUUGCACGUCUCCGUUCCUGGUCCGAGCCCAGACGUACCGCUGGGUUCAUGGUAGCCUAUGCUGCUGCCUGGACACUCGAUCUGCUGGUCCCCCUCUCGCUUCUCUUGUUGCUCGUACUCGUCCUUUCGCCGCGCGCUAGGCUGGUUCUCUUCCCCUCGGCUCCCCUGGCCGCUAUCGAUCCAAAGACCGGCCAAGCCAAGGUGCCCAAGGCCGGACAUCUUGGCAGCAAAAACAGCUUGACCGGCGCCGCCGAGACCUAUGAGGGAGAAGCAGUCGAACAGGAAGCGUCCAACUUUGUCGGUGCCCUUGGCUCGGUUGCGCUGAGCACUGCUGCUGGCAAGUCGUCCAACCAGGGCGUUGGCGCCAGCACGCGGGUGGACAGCGACGAGGACGAAGUCGAAGACGAAGACGACAGCAACGACGGAACUUCGACUACAACCUCUGCUUCGACAAAGAAGAGCGGCUCGUCGACCAAGAAGUCCAAAAAGGAUCCCGAAGACAAAAUCCCCGACCCGACCAACGUCGCUGCUCUCUCGCAAGCUGCACAGAGUAAAGCAGCAGGCGACAAGACUGGUCAUCCCGACAAAGGCGACCACACCAAAAAGCCCAUGGAGGAGGCCAUCUUUGCAAGCCUUGCGCCGUUCAUGCACAUCCUCAACAACAUCUGCGACGAUUACGAAAGAUUCGGCAACGCGCUCUCGCCCACUCCCCCCUUUUCGCGCUGGGUCCCGCGCGCCCGAUUGGCAGGCGUCCUCGUCCCGCUUUUCCUGGUGUCGUUCUAUGUCAACGAGACGAUGAUCUACAAAGGUUCGACGUUCGGUAUGGGCUUUGCGCUGUUCGGCCAGCCGCUGAUCGACCGGGUCAAAUUCCCACAGGUGAUUGCGUGGCUCGACCGAAACGUUCCGGACUGGAAAAAGUACCUCGAGCUUCGAUACUACUUGCUGCGUGGUGUGCCCACCAAUGCGCAGCUUACGUUGACGUUGCUGCGAAUUGGGGAAGCCAACAAAUCGCCGCUGCCGCCGCCUCCGGCUACGGUGGUUGCUCCGCCUCCCACCGCGCUGCACGGCUCGGACAUGGCGCGAGACCCUAACCUGCCGCCCGAGUACGCCGAGCAGCUUGCAGAGGCGCAGGCGCAGGACGUCGCCAGCCGGCCCGAGGGCGAGGACGCUUCGGCGACGGAUCCCAAGGCCGGCAAGAAGGGCAGCAGAGUGCUCGGCAUCCUCAAGGGCGUCACCAAGGUUGGCGUCGAGACGGCGCUCGGUGUCAAUCGCGUCAAAGCGACCACGAUCCAGUCGAUGCACGCCAAGACCAAGCUCGGCGUCGUGCAGUCCGAAGAGGCCGCCAAAAGGUACGCCGCCGACGGUCCCGUCAAGUUCCAGGCGCGCUACAAGGGCAAGCGUGGUCACGUGUACAUCCUCACCACCGCCGCCACCCCGUCGGUCGCGUUCGAACGCAAAGGCAACGCCAGCCCGCUCCACGCCGCUGCGGCGGCGAGCAAGGGCAGCUCCCCGACCUCCGCCGCAGAGAACGCUCAGAGGCUCGUCCAGCAGCGCGGUGCGAGCUUCUCGAUCGCUAUCGACGAGAUCAAGGAGAUUCACAAGGUCGGCGGUCUGGGCUGGAAGGGCAAGCUCGUGGUCGGCUGGGCCUUGGGUGGCGAGGUGGCGGAUGGUAUUGAGAUCGUGGAUAAGCAGGAUAAGGUGUACAAGCUCACAGCGAUGGGCAGGAGGGACGAGGUAUUUAAUCGACUCCUGUCGUUGGGCAAGCAGAAAUGGGAGGCUUUUUAA